CCUUAAAAGUUAGGAAUGGUACUGAUUUAUUGUAAAACUAUUUUCUUAUUCAGUAUCCUAAUUCUUGUAGGAAACUUUGAGGGAAAUUUUGAGUCACUGGACCUUGCAGAACUGGCUAAAAAGCAACCAUGGUGGCGCAAGCUAUUUGGGCAGGAAUCUGGGCCUUCAGCAGAAAAGUAUAGCGUGGCAACCCAGCUGUUAAUUGGAGGUGUCACUGGAUGGUGCACGGGUUUCAUAUUCCAGAAGGUUGGAAAGUUGGCUGCAACAGCUGUGGGAGGUGGAUUUUUUCUCCUUCAGCUUGCAAACCAUACUGGGUACAUCAAAGUCGACUGGCAGCGCGUGGAGAAGGACAUGAAGAAAGCCAAGGAGCAGCUGAAGAUCCGUAAGAGCAACCAGAUACCUACGGAGGUCAAAAGCAAAGCAGAGGAGGUGGUGUCAUUUGUGAAGAAGAAUGUUCUGGUGACUGGUGGAUUUUUUGGAGGCUUUCUCCUUGGCAUGGCAUCCUAAAAAGGAUGACUUCACUUCCAACCAGCAGCCUCUUCACUCCAUCGUAGGACACCCAGUCUCUAUUCCUCCUCUUCUCCCGUGCCUUUAUCCCUGCCAUGGCCUAUCUGCUGGUACAAGGUGAUGCGGCCCUACUGUGAGCUUGAUGGCAGUGGAAGACACCAUAGACUUAGCUCUCCUCCCAGCCUGCUCCCCACUUGACUAACCUGUAGGUCAGUGAGAAUAUUCCUUGCUCCCUACGUAAGCUACUUACCAGAAUAUGGUGCAAGAUGGUGGAGGAUGAGUGGAUCCUCAAAAGUUGUCUCCAGCUUGAUUUGGAAGAGAAAUAGCAAGCGCAUAGAAUACCUGAUUAUGUGCCGCUUGGAAGGGGAAUGAAUACAUUUGCCUUUAAGCAUGAAAGAUGUUGGUACCCUGGUGUCUGCUUUCUGUUUUAGUAGAUUUCAGAUUGGCUAGAAUUAUCCCAACAAAAUGGCAGCAUAUACACUAUAAUUGAGAAAGCUGAACAUGGAACGACCUUGUACUGAAGGUACAUGAUGCUGAGCUGGAGGCGUAGUCCUUGGUGGGAAGGUCUUUAAGGAGACCACCCAAUAGGUGCAUUCGUCAGACUGGGCAAAUCAUUUAGAGGCAUUAAGGUAUUAUCUAGGGAUGUUUUCCACCAUAUGGAAUAAGGCAUAUUGUGGCUGUUUCCAAAGGACUUAUUAUGGCAAAAUUGGUGACUUUAGGUGGAAGAGUGAAGACGCUCUUGGAUUUUCUUUAAUAGACAAGGUUUUAAAGUGGUGGCAUUCCAAGCAUUUGAGAAUUGAGAACGGUAACGAUAGCACAUGGGAAAUAAACUUUUUACAGAUUACAUUUCAGGAUGACCUCAACUCUUGGGAAUUUUCUUUAAAAUAAAAGUUUAUAGACAUGCCCAUGCUUAGAAACAUAACACAUUUUUCUCUAAUGGCCUGUUAGAGUGUCUAUAACAUCCCCUCCAGGAAGGCAAGGCUUCUGUCUUCGGUGUCACACCCAGGGAGCCGAGUGCCUAAAGGUGCUCAGUAUUUGUUGACUGUAUGAAUAAUGAACUCAUAGAAAAGUAUCUGGAAAAGGGACUGAUACACAGGAUUACUUGAGAAUUUGAAUCCUGAAAAUGCAGAAAACUUGGAAUUAACUCUUCAACUUGCAGGUGAUAUCUCGCAAAAUGUAUGUUUUUAAUGCCUUCCUUUUGAAAUGUUUGACUUUUUUCUUGGGAGUGGUGUGUUGAAUUUGAAAAUUGUAGGUACCAGUGGAUGUGUGGGAUUUUUUAGAAGUCAUUUGCAUUUUUCUCCUUAUUAUGUUAUGCUAGUAUUUUAAGGCAGCAUAAGUUAUUUUGCUUGCAGUUUGUAUGAAUCAUCCCUGAGUCAUAAUGGUAUGAGCCACUUUGUUCCGUAUUUUUGUACCAGAACUCAAAAAAUUUUUUUUCUCUUUUUAUUGUGGAAACUUUCAGACAUAUUACCUAUCAAGCAAGAUCAUUAAAUUAUAGCUUGUUGAUAAAAAAAUGCCAAAUGUAUUGUUUUAUCAUAUUUUGGUGUGUCUUUAAAAGGUUAAGAACUCUUUUUAAACAUCAUAAAGAUGAUACCCUAUUAUCAUACCCACAUAACCCCACCCAGACCACUGGAAUGGGGGCUGCAGAACCUAACAGAGGUGCCCUGUGCCCGUGUGCACUGCUUGUGGGGCGAGUGGCCUUUCCAUGUCUGUUCUCCUGUAUCAGUGAUGACAAUGGAGAUGAGCAGGUUCAUGUGAGCUGCUUCGAGCAGGUUAUGAGAGAUGAUAGAGUGAACUAAGGUCCCUCCCGAGGGUCAUGCUCAGAUUGCUAUCAUGGGGUGGCUUCAUCUUCUUGCAGUGCGAAUGGCCUGGUGAGUGUGCCGAUGUUGAACGGUGGCACCUCGGGUUGCAGCUAAGCCGAAGUGUACUUCACUGAUGGCAGUUAGGGGAGCUUCCAAAUUGAGGCCCCGUUGCCAGCAGCUUUGCUUCAGGUACUGAAAGGAGAGAGACUUCCCCUGAAAGAACCCCUGCCACCCCUUCAUGCAAAACCGAGACCCCAGGACCAGGCAACCGCGCCCAGGACUGCUGUGUGUUCAUGCGAUGGGCAAGGCCUGUGUCAUGAGGCGCGUGCUUUCCACUGGUACCCAGAAUCCAGGGAUAUGCGGGGCAGCUUUUCCUUGACUGAUGGAGGGACUGAGUGUUUUCAGUCUUGGCUUUGAACGUCUUUGGGGUUUUGGCUCCCUGGGCUGGUGGGGAUGGUAACACUACACUUGGGGCUUCCGUGCCUGUAGUUUGGCCUGGCUGGGGAGGACCUCUGACCCUGAGUGCUGCCCGUACCAGCAUGGAAACAUCCUGUGAGGCUUCUCUCCCUUUUUCUUCCUGGCUCCAGAGCCCCUGUGUGCUCUUUCUGUCCCCCCACCCCCCAGCAUCCUUCCUUGUGACGGGACCAGGUAGGAUGGGGACUAGCGGCUGAUAAUGUACAAACAAGACUUUCGUCCUGCUGUCUGGGCUUCUCACCGCUCAGACUCGGACUAUCAGCAGCAGGACAGCGGCGGGUCUGGACUCCUGCACCUAGUCUUCCGCUACCUGGUUCAGGAGAGGUGACAGCGCCCCCUACUGGACCUGGCAGAACACAGGACAUGAGUAAAGGAGUGAAUCUCACAUCAUUCUCACUGAGAUGGUCUUGGAGUGGGUGCUUCUGGUUUUGAAAUGCGGUUACUGUUUAAUUAGCUGUUGUAAAAAUGUUCUCAACGUCAUCCUUUGUUUGAUAUUUGCCAGAAAGAUGGACAUGACUAAUGCUUGGGCUUUUAAUGGAAAUGUCUACUUUUGUAUAGUUUGGUAAAUGCAAUAAAUUUCUGGGUGAAAAAA